GUGAUCAGAUGAUCAGAAUUCAAGGAAGCGAUUGGAGAGCUAGCUGGCUGCAGCUGCAUUGUAGGCUGUUUUCAGGGACAAGGAGCCACUGUUUUUCAAACAUAGCAUAAACAUAGAAGUUAUUUUGUAGGCUUCAGGAUGCAGAUAUGGGUUGUGCUGCCAGCAUUGUUUUGCUUCAAGCCUUUCGUUCUGUGGUACAGAGGAACUGUCCACAUAUUUGUAGACGACGACAAGAGGAAUUAUCACAUGAAAUUCUGCCACUGGAUAGUGAUGAGGAAAUGAGCAGACCCAGAACCCUCACCAUAAUGCAGGAGAAACCCAAACUUUUGGAGCCUUUGGAUUAUGAAACUGUCAUCACAGAGAUUGAAAAAAAUAUUGGGGAUGACCCUCUAAAAGAUCUCAUAUUGUUCCCUGAUGAAGACUUUUCAACAGAUACAAUUGCAUGGGAAAUAAGAACUCUAUACUCAUCAGUACCUGAAGACGCAGAACAAAAAGCAGAAAAUUUAUUUGUUAAAGAGGCUUGUAAAUAUUACAAUUCUCAGUGGCACGUUGUGAACUACAAAUAUGAAAAGUAUUCGGGAGAUUUUCGACACUUACCACAAAAGGAAUAUAGACCAGAGAAACUGCCUUCACAUUCCUUUGAAAUUGAUCAUGAAGAUGCUGAUAAAGAUGAAGAUACCACGUCCCACUCAUCUUCAAAGGGUGGCGGUGGAGGAUUUGGAACAGGAGUUUUCAAGUCUGGCUGGCUUUAUAAAGGGAAUUUUAAUAGCACUGUAAACAAUAGCAUUACUGUUCGGUCAUUCAAAAAGCGCUACUUCCAGCUGACGCAGUUGUCGGAUAACUCAUACAUUAUGAAUUUUUACAAAGACGAGAAAAUAUCAAAGGAACCAAAGGGGUGUAUUUUUUUGGAUUCCUGUACGGGAGUUGUGCAGAAUAACAGACUUAGGAAACAUGCUUUUGAGCUGAAAAUGAAUGACCUGACAUACUUUGUGCUGGCAGCUGAAAAUGAGCAGGACAUGGAUGACUGGAUUUCCACUCUCAACAAAAUCCUGCAAAUUAAUCCAGAAGGGACCAUUCAGGAGAGGAAAAGCACAGAUCUCACAGAUAUGAAACUGGAUUCCGCAGAAGUUUUGGAGAAUUAUGAUGGCCCACAGGAAGAGACUGAUUCUUCAGAGAACACCUUGCAUCCAGACUUUGCAAAAUACAUCACAGAAACAGAAGAAACAGUGAAAGUGUCUCGAAAUAUGGAACGACUAAACCUGUUCUCCCUGGAUCCUGAUAUAACUGCCUCAAAUCUUCAGAAAAAGGAGUGUGCAAGAACAGAUUCAUUGAUCAAGCCAUUUGAGGAGAAGGAUGCAAAGAGGAUCAUGAUAACUUGUAAAUCCCUCAAUUUGAAUCUUCAGGCUUGUGUGACUGAGAAUGAAAAUGAUCCUGUAACCAAUAUUGAGCCUUUUUUUGUGAGCAUGGCUCUGUUUGAUAUCAGGGACAACAGGAAAAUCUCUGCUGAUUUUCACGUGGAUUUGAACCACACACUUGUUACAGAGAUGGUUUUAGGUUCCUCGUCUUCAUUGGAGAAUGGCAAUAAUGAAACUAUGGACACAAGUGAGGCAGAAGAGCCAGUGGUCAAGGGAUUUCCAGAGACAUGGUUGAAAUAUCCUAAACAGGCUCUUUUCUCCAUAAGUAACCCCCAUUCUGAAAUUGUUUUGGUGGCAAGAAUAGAAAAGGUGCUCAUGGGAAAUAUUGCCAGCAGUGCUGAACCUUACAUUAAGAAUCCAGACUCUAAUAAGUGUGCACAAAAAGUGUUAAAAUCCACCAAACAGUUCUGCAGCAAGCUGGGGAAAUACCGUAUGCCAUUUGCUUGGUCAGUGAGGCCAGUGUUUAAGGAUAAUCAGGGAAAUGUUGACAGAGACUCUCGAUUUUCACCUUUGUUCAGGCAAGAAAGUAACAAGAUUUCUACUGAAGAUUUAAUUAAGUUAAUAGCAGAAUACAGAAGAGCAGAGAAGAUUAGCAAAAUACAGACCAUACCUGGCAACCUGGACAUUGUAGUAGAUUAUUUCCCUUUGGAACAUCCAAAUUGCGUGACAUCAUCUUUUAUCCCAAUCAAGCCAUUUUAUAAUAUAGAGGAGCAUCAACCUACAGUUGAAGUGGAGGAAUUUGUACAAGUAUCCACAAAAUAUUCCCGGCCUUAUAGAGUAUAUAAGAACCAAGUAUACAUCUACCCAAAACAUCUCAAGUAUGAUAGCCAAAAAUGCUUCAGCAAGGCGCGGAACAUUACAGUGUGUAUUGAAUUUAAAAGUUCAGAUGAAGAAGGAGCCAAGCCAAUGAAGUGUAUUUAUGGGAAGCCUGGUGGACCAUUAUUUACAACAGCAGCCUACACAGCAGUGCUACAUCAUUCCCAGAAUCCUGAUUUCUAUGAUGAGGUGAAAAUUGAGCUCCCCACUCAACUCCAUAAGAAACACCACAUUCUGUUUUCAUUUUAUCAUGUCACCUGUGACAUAAAUGCAAAAGCUAAUGCCAAAAAGAAAGAGGCUCUGGAAACACCAGUUGGAUAUGCUUGGCUUCCUUUACUGAAAGAUGCCCAGUUAGCUUCUCAAGAACAUAACAUUCCAGUGGCAACCAGUUUGCCUCCCAGUUACUUAAGCCUUCAAGAUCCUGCAAGUGGAAAGAGUGGAAGUGACAUUAAGUGGGUAGAUGGUGGGAAGCUGCUUUUCAAAGUGUCUUCAUUUGUUGUAUCAACUGUAAAUACUCAGGAUCCAUAUCUGAAUAUCUUUUUCCAGCAGUGCCAAAAAAGAGAAAUGGAUCUCUCCCAGCCUCCUACCUCAGACUUUAUCAUGUCAUGCAAGAAUUUGCUGAAAAUUGAGAAGAUUCAUGUAAUUAUGAAUUUUCUUCCUGUGAUCCUGAAUCAACUCUUUUGGGUUCUGGUACAAAACGACAUGGAUGAGGUUACCACUGCAGUAACAAGGGUUCUUACUGACAUUGUUGCCAAGUGCCAUGAAGAGCAACUAGAGUACUGUGUCCAUUCUUAUGUAAAGGUAUGAAAUAUCCAAUUGACCUUUGAUCGUCUGCUGUAUG